AUAUAAAUUUGUAUUUACUAAUCUUUCGAAGUAUACAUUAGUUUUCUUUUUCAAGUAUCAAAGAUGAAAGCAGUUUCUCAAAAGAAAGAAAAAAAUGUGCCUAAAAUGCCAGUUUAUGUUACCAUAAUUGGAAUUCUUUUGGGUACAUUCUUAACAACGUUAGGAUUUUAUUUUUACAAACAAGAAAAUCAGGAUGAUAUCAUUAGAUAUCUAUACAUAAUUGCCGCGGCAGCUAAUGUCAAUUAUAUAUUAUUUUUACUUUCACUAUGGAGAGAAUUGUUUUCUUAUGGUUUAGCGUAUUUUCAUACCUUAAUCCUAACUUGUAUUAUUAUAACGUUCAGUGCCGAAGAUAAUAUUUUAAAAGACACGGAACUAAAACCUUUUUCUUAUUUAUCUCCAUACAAAGAUAAUAUACCAGCAUUUCUUUUAUCUCAAUUAGGCGUCUAUUAUUGCAGUGUAGCAAUUUUUUUAUUCAUAUUUUGUGUUUUGGUGUACUAUACUAGCAUUUUGGAUGAAGAAAGGUUUAUUUUUGUUCGUUCCGCUGCUUUUGUUUUCUUAAACCGUCUUAUUGUCUUUAUUUCCUCCUUCUUCAUUUUAUUUUUUUUCACCUCCAUUAUAUAUGCCACUACUAUUCAUUUUCCUUCUCAAAUACAAUUUAGUGAGUCUCUCAUUUUUAAAUAUGAGCCACUUGACGGCAAUACAUUAAAUCGAUUGGGAAAUCUUUGCUUAAUAUUAUUUAUUCCUAUGAUAGUAACUCUCAUCCGGCCAACUUCGCCUAUACGACAAAGUCUUUCCAAAAUUUGUCACGUAAUUCUUCCACUUACUACUGGUUGCAUUAUGGCGAUUUCAUCUUAUUCUCUUGUUGUUAACCAACAACCACUGUACAGUAAUCCAACAAUUCAUUUUUAUCCUUUAUUAAUUCAUUCAACGACGGGCUUCUUAUUUCUAAUCGCUUUUCUUGAAUUAUUAUUACCGAGAAGACCACGUAGUGUCCUAAAGAAUCAUUGGGUUCCAGUUGAGUUUCCUUAAAAGUUUCAAUACUAUAUAAAGACAUGGCAUAUGACACCAGUAGUGAACAAGUGGCUAUAUUGUUUUACUUCUCAUACGUAGUCCCUUUUUUAUUUAUGCUGAAACAGGAAAUAUGAACGAAACAUUUUCUAUUUCUAAUGUGUAUAAUCACCUUAACAAAGAUUAAAUGCUUUAUAAUUUUUUAUAUGCAAAAUUUUUCUAUGAAAAAAACGUUUAUUUUUUAAGUGUAUAGAUGAAAAAAAAAUUACGUUUUUUAAUUUUUUGUUUAACACUUUUUUUCAUUUAUUAAAAAAAAAUUUUUUA